AUGGCCAGAAGGAAACCCGUCCAAGGUGCAUCACCGCCGAAUAGAAGCCCUCCCUCCCGAACUCCAGCCUUCGCCGACUAUCUCAGGGUCUUCACCUACGCGACAAAAUGGGAUUUCAUGGUUUACGCCAUCGCCUCCGUGGCCUCGAUCGGGGCUGGCGUUGCCCUGCCUCUCAUGAACAUCAUUUUCGGCCAGCUGGUAGGCCAGUUCACCGACUUCUUCCGCGACAAUACAAACGUCACCCGCCGCGACUUUGAGCGUCUGCUGAACAAGCAGGCGCUCUACAUUAUGGCUCUGUUUCUCGGUCGAUGGGGUCUCAACGCCAUUAACAAGUUUUGCUUCAGGAUGAUCGGGAUCCGGCUGUCUUCGGCGGUGCGGUUGCACUACAUGCAAGCAUUGUUUGCGCAGCCGAUCCAUGUGAUUGACUCCAUGCCGUCCGGAGCACCUGCGACAGCAAUCACAAUUACGUCGAACAUUCUGCAACUCGGCAUCUCGGAGCGCCUCGGCACAUUUUUGCAGUUCAACGGCACGAUCUGGGCGGCGCUGGUUAUCGCUUUCAUCUGGAGCUGGGAUCUUACAUUGGUGACCUCCUCGCUCAUCUUGUACAUCGCAGUCGUCUUGUCGGUGGUCUUGCCGCGGAUUGUCAGGGGCCAGACGGAGACCGCCGAGGCUGAUGCUCAAGGAACUGCUAUCGCCAGCGAAGCUUUAGGCGGAAUCCGUCUGGUCAUGGCAAACGGAGCGCAGGAGCACGUCAUAACACGCUAUGAGGAGUGGGUGCAGAAGGCAAUGAAGCGCGCCCAGAAGACGGCUCCUAUUGUUGCCAUCCAAUUCGGCUUGAUUUUCUUUGGCAUGUUUGGCGCGUUUGGUCUCGCUUUCUGGUACGGUACACAGCGUUUCAUCGCCGGCGCCCUUAACAACGCAGGUGUCAUCAUCGUCGUGCUCAUGUCCGUCACAAUGAUUCUCACCUCCAUGGAGCGUAUCUCAACGCCCCUCAUGGCUGUCAGCAAGGCCAUGGUUGCCGCUUGUGAACUUUUCACCGUCAUCGACGCGCCUCUGCCGCACACUGGUUCCCUCAAGCCUGACAUCGACUCCAAGGAUAUCAUUUUUGAGGAUGUUGUGUUUGAAUACCCGAGCAGACCCGGUGUCACAGUUUUGAAUAAGCUGAACUUCCGUAUCCAACCGGGUCAAAAUGUCGCCCUUGUCGGCCCAUCCGGGUCAGGAAAGAGCACCAUCGUCGGCCUCCUGGAACGAUGGUAUUCUCUUCGAGAACAACAUGCUCUGCCCAAGGUCGUCGAGGUAAAGCCAGGUGAUGAAAAGAGCGAGACUGUGGAGAGGAAGGUCAGGACACCCGAAAAACCAAGGCUCUCCGGUCUCAUCUCCGUCGGGGGCGUUGAUCUGGAAGACCUUGACCUCAAAUGGUGGAGGGCUCAGGUCGGUCUGGUCCAGCAGGAGCCUUUUCUUUUCAACGACACCAUCUUUGGUAACGUGGCAAACGGUCUCAUCGGAACCGAAUGGGAAAACGACACAGAAGAGCAGAAGAGGUUUCUGGUUGAAGAGGCUUGCCAGGAGGCCUAUGCUCAUGAAUUCAUUAAUCGCUUACCUGACGGAUAUGACACGCGCGUUGGAGACGGCGGCGCAAAGUUGUCGGGAGGUCAAAAGCAACGUCUAGCCAUCGCCAGAAGCAUCAUCAAGAAGCCCCGCAUCAUCAUCCUCGAUGAAGCCACCAGUGCAAUCGACGCCAAAAGCGAAAAGGUAGUCCAGGCCGCCCUUGAUAGAGUCACCCAAAACCGCACAACCAUCACGAUUGCCCACCGACUCUCGACGAUCAAGAAAGCAGACCACAUCGUCGUACUGCAGCAUGGCCGAACAGUAGAACAAGGCACCCAUCAGAGCCUCAUGGCCAACACUUCUGGCGUCUACAGCAGCUUGGUCCGGGCACAGGCUCUACACCUGUCAAAUUCUGAUGAAAAACGGGCCGACAAAUCGGUUCUGGCGCUUGAAGGCGACUCGGAAAAGCUACUCAGUGAUUCCGAGAAGACCGGAAGUCCGGCAAGCAUGCAUAGCCUUCAGGAAAGCACUUCUCUUAAACCGAGAGGCCUCGUUCGCAGUUUUGGCAAGCUUGUAUGGAACCAGCGUGCAAAAUGGCCAUCUUACAUCGGUAUCGUGUUUUCAGCAAUGGCAGUAGCAGCCGGGACGCCUAUCCAAUCCUGGCUCGUAGCGAAAGUCAUCGGCGUCUUCCUCCUUACUGGUGAUGAGCUCAGCAGACAAGCCAACUUUUGGGGCUUGAUGUGGCUCGCCCUAGCAGGUGGUGUCGGCCUUUCGUGGGCAAGUGAGGGCUGGAUCGGCCUGCACACGCAGUAUUUCAUCAGCGCAGUAUACAAAAAGCAAUACCUGACCGACAUGCUGCACCAGAAGCUCGACUUCUUCGACAGAGAUGAGAACUCUCACGGCACGCUGAGUGCUCGGGUAGGCGGUGAUCCGAAGCUCUUGGAAGAACUUCUCGGGUUGAACUUGGCGCUGCUGUUUACUGGAGUCUUUACCGCUAUCGGAUGCGCCGUCAUCUCGCUCAUCUUCAGCUGGAAACUUGGCCUCGUCGCCCUGUGCGUUACCAUGCCCAUCAUGCUGGCCACAGGUCUAUGGAAAUAUAGACAUGAGGUGCAGUUUGAUCAAAUGAAUGGUUACGUCUUCAUGGAAAGCUCAAAGUUUGCCACUGAAGCCAUCGGGGCAAUUCGCACCGUCUCUUCCCUUACAAUGGAAGCCUCAAUCAACGACCGAUACCAGAAGCUCUUGGAUGGGCACAUCCAGGCGGCACGCCGCAAGGCCCAGUGGACCGCUGCGCUCUUUGGUUUUGCAGACAGCGCCGGUCUGGGUUGCCAAGCUCUGAUCUUCUGGUACGGCGGCAGGCUCCUGCUCAGCGGCGAGCUGCCCAUGGAGGCCUUCUUCGUCUGUCUCAUGGCCAUCAUCCAGGGCGCGGAGUCGGCAAGUCAAUCUCUGGCGGUGGCGCCAAGCGCCGCACAGGCUGCUGCGGCCGCGGAUCGCAUUCUAGACGUUCAAGACUCGGCGGACCCUGGUCUCCCGGGGACUAGCGACAAUGAGAUCAUUGCUGGGGCAGUUGGUGGCGUACGCAUCGAGCUGCGAGACGUCCAAUUCAAGUACCCCACGCGGGACGUCGUUGUUUUUGACGGCCUGAACCUUACCAUCGAAAAGGGCCAGUAUGCAGCAUUCGUCGGGCCGUCGGGUUGCGGUAAGACAACCAUCAUCUCCCUCUUGGAGCGGUUUUACGAUCUCGACGCAAACCACGGCUCGAUCCUUUGCGACGGCGUCAACAUCAAGGAUCUCGACGUUUACGACUAUCGACGAAACCUCUCGCUCGUAGCCCAGGAGCCCAUUAUGUUCCGGGGUACGGUGCGCGACAAUAUUCUGUUUGGAAUCUCCGACCCUGCAUCUAUCUCGGAGGAGAUAAUCCACGAGGUUUGCCGUGACGCCUUCAUCCAUGACUUCAUCAUCUCCCUGCCAGAUGGCUACAACACGGAUGUUGGACUGAAGGGCGUCUCCAUGUCCGGCGGCCAGAAGCAGCGGAUCGCCAUUGCGCGCGCGCUGAUCAGGGAUCCCAAGAUCCUCUUGUUGGACGAGGCGACCUCGGCGCUGGAUUCGGAGUCGGAGAAGACUGUCCAGGCAGCGUUCGAAAGGGCGCGUGACGGGCGGACGAUGAUUGCGGUGGCCCAUCGGCUAUCGACGAUCCAGAAUGCCGAUGUCAUCUUCGUCUUCAGCGAGGGGCGGGUCGUGGAAAAGGGUACGCACAACGAGCUUAUCACAAAGCAAGGGGUCUAUUGGGAAAUGUGCCAAAGUCAAGCCUUGGAUCAAUAG